UUGAAGCUCCUCCUGGCUGACGCUGUCAACAAUGUCAUUUCCGCCCGGUGUAAAGUCGAACUGGCGGGAAUCUGUGCGCGCGCGACUUCACUUUAAAUCUCCUCUCCUCGGUCUUCCGUUAAAAUUCGGUUAAUAAUGGCUCGCGUGCUGAACUGUAUAGUCGCGGUUUGUCCCGAUAUGGGAAUCGGAAAGAACGGCAACUUACCCUGGCACCCGAUCAGACUCAGUAAUGAAUUCAAGCACUUUCAGAAGAUGACCAUGACUCCUUCAGUAGAAGGUAAAAAGAACGUGGUCAUCAUGGGCAGGAAGACGUGGUUCUCGAUCCCAGCGCAGAAUCGGCCUCUCAAGAACAGAAUCAACGUCGUCCUGAGCCGAGAGCUCAAGACAGCUCCGGAGGGAGCACACUACCUAGCGGCUGACUUUAGCUCGGCGCUCCAGCUGCUGGAGAACCCAGAGCUGCAGACCGAAGCAGAUCAAGUGUGGAUAAUCGGCGGCAGCUCGCUGUACAAGGAGGCCAUGGAUGCUUCGGGACGGAUGCGUCUGUUUGUAACGAGGAUUCAGAAGCAGUUUGAAUGCGACACGUUCAUCCCCAACAUCGACUCGGAAAAGUUCAAGCUCCUGCCCGAGUUCCCCGGAGUACCGACGGGCCCGCAGGAGGAAAACGGACUCCAGUAUGUAUUCGAAGUCUACGAGAGUGUGGAGCAGUGAUGGAACGUUUUUGCGCUCUCACGGACUGAUGAUAUCACGUCUUUGAUUUACGUUUUCUCAUAAAAUAAAUGCUGCAUAAAACGA